CUGGUUCCCGUUCCCACUCUGGCCAGUCAGUCGGUGUCGGAACAAUAGACCGGUUCGCACCGGAACAACCGAAAGUGUGAGGCGAGUCCGGAACGAAAGUCGCAGGACGAAACGUGUGAGCAGUGUCUGUGAUUCCCCCGACCUAAGUAAAUAUUUGUGCGUCCGUCGGUACGAGUCGUUACUUUCAGGUUUACACAGGGUCUGGUUUGGAUCGUGGUCGCCGCGUGUGGCCGCCAAACAUCGAUAUGUCACUGCCACCGCCGUGCCCGAUUUGUUAUCGUUGAAAUCGACGUGGGUGACUUGAAGCCAGGUAGCCGAGAUGUCGAAGUCGACCAACAUGCUGCGCACGCGCAGACGCGACAACAACGUCAAACCAAACCGAAGGGAUUCCAGAUUUAACAGAUUGGACCGGAAGUCGUCGCGGGGCAUGCUGUACGAGAACGAGGAGCUAAGACUGAAAACCAUCAACAUCAACGCAGAAAUCGAAAGAGGACAGUCGGACAUAAAGAAGCUGAAACGGGAGAACGAGAUGCUGAAAAAGGAGAUCUGGUGCCUCAGGGAUGAGUACGAUAAGCUCGACAAGUUGCUGAAGGAAAAGAAAAUUGAGUUUUCGUCGUCGUCGACCACGUGCAGCAGCAGCAGUGAUACGGAAAGUUGCAGCUCCUGCUCGGAGGAGUCGGAGGAGGUGGAAACGUCCCAAAACUUGGAGAACGUCCAAAAAACCAACCUGAAAAACAUCCACAAAGACUUCGACCACCUGUCGGUGGUGCCGGAGGAACCCAGCACCGAAAACUCCGACCGCACAUCGGCCCGCAACUCACUGCCCAACGAUAACUGGUACGACAACAACGUAAUCCAGCCGGACCAGAGCUACCCCAUCUACGAGAACGUCCCCAAGUCCCGUACGUUGCCGGUCCAAGACAGAUCCCCCCGGCACUUCUUCUCCCCCAUCCAGACCAGCAAGAGCUGCGACGAGAUGCGCACCGACCAACUGUACCCGGGCCAGUACUACUCGGACGCCGACCGAAACUACGUCAGCAAGAAAAUCGUCAACACGUCCGCCAACAACAUCUACCAGAACAUCACGCUGGUGCCGAAGAGUGCGCUGGAACGUCCCGAGCUGCACGGCAUGGAGAAGACGACCACGGACCUGCUGGUGAAGAUGGACAACGUGCCGUUCGGCACGUCCAGCGAGAACGGGCUGGUGUACACGAACACGCCGAGUCAGAGCACCUUCAGCAACGGCGGCAACUUGGAGGAGCUGCUGAAGGACAUAGAGUCGAUAUCGCAGGAAAUACUAAGGAUCUCAAAUUUACAGCGAGGAGGACAACAGCAGCAGCCCGUUCAGGAGCCGGCGCAACACGAGGAGCAGAAGCCGUACAAGAGCGAGCUGAAUGUGGUGCUGAUGCCCACGGCGAUGCCGCUCAUCGGCUUCGAGAAGUACAAGAACAUUCAAAGGAGCUUCGAAAGUCUGAACCAACAACCCCUGGAGGACCUGUCAGCCUCCCAACAAAACCUGUGCCUCCUGCCGCCCGAAAUUCACCAGCCGCCGGACGUGCAAUUUUUGACGACUCCAGCUUUCGGUGAACCACCCCCUUUGAGUGUAAGUCCUCUGCCGCCGCCGCCACCGCCUCAAGAACCCGACAACAAUCCGUUCUUCUUCGGCAACCUGAAGGACAAUUACGUGAACUCGGACUAUUUUCACAUGAGAUACAACCCGGACAACUUCCUGGUCACACCUAAAGAAAACGAUAAGGAGGUGAAGAAGUCAAAAUCCAACGACGCCUCGUCGGAGCAAGUGUCCAGCGAGAACGAGGAGAACCUCAAGUUCAAAACGACCAAACCCGAAAAACCCGAAGCCGAUCUCAAAGAGGAAACCCAAGAAACCGCCAAAUCGCCGAAACUGAGCAUAAGACGAAAGGUGUCGAUACACUUCAAGGGCAAGAAAGACAAGAAGAAGGCGGAAGCUGAGAAACCGGACACCAAGAAACAUUCGAUCUUCGACAUAAAAUUCGGCGACAAGAGCAAAGGACUGCACCAAAAAACGCCCAGUAUAGAGUCCAAGAAGUCGACGACGGAGACGAGCAACGUGGAACCGAAAACGCCGACGAGUUCGGACAGCAAAACGAGUCUGGAGAAGCGGAACUCGCAGAUGGACAAGAAGGAGCCGUCGGAGAAGAAGGGCAGGAAAAGCGCUUCGGUCAGUCCGGACAGGAAACACGUACACGUCAAAGAAGAAGACCAGCACAAGAAGCACAAAAAGCACAAACGUUCCGACCGCAGCAAGAUCAGACGCAACACCAUGUCCAGCAUAGACCCGCGCCUGCUGCGAGAACGUUCCUACUCCGUGUGCACCGACCGUUCGCUGGACUACCGUAUGGGAUUCGCGUACGACGACAGCGACAGGACCAGCAUGAGCAGCUGCGAAACGAUGAACACGCAGAGGAAGAUGUCCACGCUGUCGAACGUGCCUCUGAACGGAAAAGUGCCGUGGUGCGGGUGCUGGGGUAACGGAUGUUUGUGACGGUGACUUUGUUUUUACGUCACUUGUAAAAUGGACUUCUUUUAUUACGUGUCAUAAAUAAACGGGAUUACGGACGGACUUUCGUUUUUAUCGACCUCGUUACGUUCAAGAGACUUUUUGAAUCGUUUUUUUUUGUGUAUUUCUACGUACUUGGCGGCAACCACCAAUAAAUAUUUCGCUAUGGACUUUUGGUACUUGAAAUUGUUAAAGAAAAUUUAUAGCAGAAAUGUGUAUUUUUUUGUAGUUUUUAUCAAAUGAUUUAAUCAAAUAAAAUAUUUCACUUG